AUGUUGGCUUCCAUUGAGGAUGUUUACCAGACGCGGGUCAGCCGGCUGUUCCUAACCUUAUCUCUGGCCCGCACCACCUUUCCCAUCCUCACCUUCUUCUACCUGAACUUUGACGAUGAACCUAUGACGGAGGAGCCAUUAUCUUUACUUCAUGACUGGCCAGAUGUGAACAUGGACGAGGCCGAGAUCCUGAUGGCAAAGAAGAGACAACCAAUUGCCCAGUGCAAAGAUUUGAUUCACAUAUCUCCAGAGCCUGGCGCCCCGGUAUUAUUUGCAGAGAGGGUCGGGUUUCUCCACAGGACUGUGGUCGAUUACAUACAAACAGAGGAGACCAGCCAAAAACUGAUCCGUCUUGCGGGUCAGGACUUCGAGCCGAGAAUGGUUCUCCUGCAAGCAAAUUUGGGCCAACUCAGAUCCUUGCUACAACUCCACCGCUUGACAUAUAUCCGUCCUCACCUCGAGCAGUGGAUACUCGGCUGCCUAUACUAUGCUUACAUGACCGAAGUCACGACCGGCGAGCCCGUAGAGAAAGAACUCGACGAGCUUGAAAGGAUGAUCGGGCAACACUUCAGCAGGUGGAGCUUUUCACAUGCAAUGGAAGUCCUGUUCCGGGACCCAGGAAUUACGCGGUUCCUCGACCUGGCUUGCAUGUGUGACCUGGCCUUGUACGUCACAAGCAAGGUCCCGGAUUGCACGCCGGCCAAACUCCAAAGUCUUGCACCAAGGUGGCAGAGCCACACCAGGAUCACGCAAUCUUCAGGAUUUGAGAUCGUGAGCCUCGAUGCUGGGGAGGAGAAGAGGCUCUCUGCCACCCUGGACAAGUGA